AUGCCUUCCAAGUCCUCCACCGGCAAGCAGUCCUCGGGCUGCCGCUGCUUCUCGUUCCGCAACCUCAGUAUCUUCGCCGUGUUCCUGGCCCUUUUCUCCGCCGUCUACAGCUUCCUCGACGCGCGCCUGGACCGAUUCUACAUCUUCGACCCGGACCACCUGCACGACCUUUCGCAGCGCGCCAUCAAGGCCCAUGGCGAUGACACCCACUCCGUCGUCAACUUCAUCGUCUCCGAGCUCGAGACCAAGGUCGGCACCGAGCACCUGAACCUCGAGCAGGAGUGGGUGUUCAACAAUGCCGGUGGUGCGAUGGGCGCCAUGUACAUCAUCCAUGCCAGUAUCACCGAAUAUCUGAUCAUCUUCGGCACCGCUGUCGGAACCGAGGGCCACACGGGCCGUCACACCGCGGACGAUUACUUCAACAUCCUGCACGGCACCCAGCUCGCCUACGUGCCGGGCUCCUACGAAGCCGAGUCUUACCCCGCCGGCACCGUGCACCACCUGCGCCGCGGCGAGGUCAAGCAGUACAAGAUGGAUUCCUCGUGCUUCGCGCUCGAGUACGCCCGUGGUUGGAUCCCUCCCAUGCUCUUCUUCGGCUACGCCGAUACCUUCUCGUCCACCCUGGACUUCCCUACUCUCUGGGCGACCUCGCGUAUUACCGGACGUGAGAUGAUUUCCAACUUGCUCAAGUUUAAGCUGUAG